UUGUCUUUACCAAUUGCUCCAGCCAUGAGUCAAUCUCCGCCAAACACGCAAGGACAGCGCAAUAUUAUGCAAAUCACUCCGCAGCAUGCGCAGCAGCUUUUUAGGCACUACCAGCUGGAAAAAGAUAUGGCCGAGCGCGCAGGUAUUGACACUCCCGAGGGAAAGGAACAUUUGGAGAAGUCGCAGAAAAUCAAAGAGGUUUUGAUGAAGUACAACAGGAGACAGCAGAUGCUGAAUGCUCAAUCGCAGAACAGAGGCUCUGGAACGCCUGUAGCGGGACAACAAAGCUCUCCGGCGCCAAAUAUGGCUUCUGGAAUGUCCUCCCAAAUUGGUACACCGCAGCAGCUUGGAAACACACAGACGGCGACUGCGCGGGCACAGGGCGGCAUGAACACGUCUCCACAGCAGAACAUUCCAGGCUCGCGUCCGAAUAUGGGUCCACAACCGGUGCAGCGCCAGCAGUCGUCACCUUCUCUGGGUGCAGGCACUCCUCCUCCUCAGGGCUCUGGAGCACCGAGUACACAAGACCAGCACGCGAAAUACCAGCAGGUUUUCCGGCUUGCCGAGCAGUUCAAGGCCCAUUUGGCUGUGAUUCAGGGCAAGCUCAAUGAUCCAAACACGCCGGCCAACGAGAUGGCGCAAUACAUGCAGAAAGAGAGAGAACUGAGCGGCAAGGUGGAGCAGUGCAGACGUUUUGCGCAGCAACUGGCCCAGCAGCUGAAUCUGUCUCAGGGCGGAAUCCCCAACCAGUCCCGAAUGGGGUCUCAACAGUCACAGGGAGACGUCUACUCGCAGCAGAUGAUGAAUCCACAACAACAGGCUCUCCAGCAGCAAAGGAUGAUGCAACAGCAGCAGAUCCAAGGCCAAAAUACCAACUCCCAAGCACAGAGGAUUCCGCAACCGGCGCAGUCGCAAUCACCGGCCAUGCAACAGCAGAUGAUGGGCCAGAUGCCGAUGUCCGUACAAAUGCAGCAGAUGGCCAGCGGGAAGAUGGCCCCCCAGAAAACGCCCGUGCAACAGCAGCCGCCAAUCAAGAAACAGAAGGUCGGAACGCCCGGAGCAAGUACUCCGAUCACUAACGUCAAUGCUGCCGCGUCCAAGCCGGUGCCAGGGGCUGGUCCAGGCACCUCUGCCACGCCUAUAGCCGGCAAUGCCUCGUCGGAGUCGUCGCGGUCGCGGUUCCAGAACAUGCCAAUUCCAGAGGAGCUCAACAUUGGCACUCCGCAGCCGGUAUCUGUCAAACAGAACAACAGGCCGUCCAUUUUGAACGGGAACUCCAUCGGUGCCGCCUCUUUGACCACUCCUGUUCUCGUUCGUCCACAGAACUUCGAGCUGGAAGGCGAGCGAGUGCUCAACCGCAGAAAGCUCAAAGAGCUUGUUAGGUCUGUCGGGGCGGACGAGGGCGACGCCGAGAUUUCGAUCGACGGAGACGUGGAGGACCUGUUGCUGGACCUUGCGGACGAGUUUAUCACCUCUGUCACCUCGUUUGCAUGCCGUUUGGCCAAACACCGCAAGUCAGAGAGUCUUGACGUUCGCGAUGUGCAGCUACAUCUGGAAAGAAACUGGAACAUUCGCAUUCCUGGCUACUCGUCGGACGAUAUCCGCACCGUCAGAAAGUUCAUCCCGACUCCGUCCCACAACACCAAGCUGAAUGGCAUCUCCAUCAACAAGAGUGUCAAUAAGAGCCAAUGA